AAUGAAUUAAGACUAAGAUGAGAAACUUGUAUUUAAAUUCCAUAUAUUUAGUUCAUUGACACCGUUUAAACCUAAUAACUUGAAAUUGAGACACUGAAAAAGUAGAUUCGACUCCAAGAAUUCCAAUCCAAAUAACAACAUCUAGAAGUAAACUCUUAAGACUAUCAAAGUUAAUCAAUUCCCUCGAUCAAUUGAAGAAGCGGAAUGAGGAAUUGGAUCUAGAGUUGAACAAACAGAUUGAAUCCACUCACGAAACAGAAUUACAGCAUUUUGCUCUAUAGAUGCAAGAAUAAUUGGCGAAGGCUGAAGAAUAAAUUCUCAUCUAUCAAGAGAAUGAGGUACACCUAUGAUCAACUACUUUGUAGCUCAAAUUGAUCAAGGAAAUCCAGUAACUCCAAGGCAAGUUGGAAUCCGAUAAGAUUAACGAUUUAAAACAACAACUGAUUAAAAUGGAAGAAACUGCUAUUGCUCUGAUUGUAGAAAAAGAGUUUAUCAUAUCCGAAUAAGCCAAAGAAAUUGAGUUGUUGAAAUAAAAUGAAAAAUUAAUUAAUUCCUAGACUGAGAACAACACUCAAAUUCAAAUUUUGGAUAUUCAAGAGUUGGAAAACAAAAUCCAAGAUUAUCAAUAUAAAAUUGAACAUCAAUAAUCACUUCAUGAGGAACAACUCUCAAAUCUAGAGAGAAUUAUCACCAAUCGUAUAUUUGAAUCAUUGGAACUUGAAAUGAAUUAAAAGAAACUGGUUGAACAGGAUCUGUUGCAUCAAAUACAUAUUCUGGAAGAAAAGAACAAGUAUUAUGAGAAACUAUUGAAUGACUAAGAAAAAAAACUGAACAUCUUGAGAGAAGAAAAAAGCCAAGAACAAAUACUCUAUGACAAAAAGUUCUAAGAGACUAGUGAACGAUUGAGAUAUGCUCUAUAGCAAAUUAUCAAAAGUGAUAAGAAAUGCGAAGAUGCCUAUAAGCAAUUCUCUCAAUUACAAAGGGAAAAACAGAAUAUGACAAAACAGAAAGAAGAACUUUUACGAAAAUAAGUGUAUCUGGAAAAUCAAAACAGGAAGAAUACAUUGGCAAUUUAGGAAUAUAAGGAAUUGACUGAAACUCUUUUAUAACAAGUUAAUGAAUAAGAUUAAGUUAUCUAAGAACAAAAUGAACAGCUCUAAAAAUUAGCUCUCCAUUAUGAACAACAACUCAAAAUUGCCAUUCAAUCCCAUCCACAGAAGUUUGAAUUCAACGAACAAGAAAUGCCAUCCAAUCAAAAUGCAUUAUUAAGUGAUCUCCUCAAGGAUAGUCAAAUUAGUUAAAAUCAUCAAAAUACUAAUAUUGAUUCACCAACUCAUUCUGUAACUCAAACAUCUUACCUAUCUGAUUCCUAUUGUUCUUUCUAAACCAAAAAUAGUUCUAGAAGAAGAGUUGGAAAUGAUUGCAAAUAUGAAAAUCUUAAAGAUGCAUUACUUGAUGCCAAACACACAAUUAAGUAAAGAUUAUAUAUUAUUAUUCAGAAUCUAAAAUUUAGAGAUUUCGAAUUAUGAGCAAACCAUUGAGAUUUUGUAGAAGGAAUUGAAAACUCAAUUAUUAGAAAUCCAUAAUCUCAGAAAAAUUAAAUUAGAUUUCAAAUAAGACAAAGAGCACAAAUUAGAAAUAGAGAAAUUAAAAUAGUGUUUGAAUACGAUGGAAGCACAUUAUCUAACUACUAAAUUGUGUUUGGCUGAGGAAAUCAACUUUUUAAAAGAUGAGCUAAAGCGAGCAGAAUCAGAAGCUUCAAAAUCUAAAUUGUAAUUAACCUAAUUAAAUGCUCAAUUCUGCAUCAUUCAAUAAAAAUAUUAGAAAUUAGAUAGAUAACAAUAACAAUAUCAGAGUCUAACAAGCAGACAAACAUAAAAUAUAGAUGAGAAAAGUCCUGUUAAGGGAAGGAAGAGUAUCUUUUCCAUCUUUGGUUGAGUCG